UUGACAUCUCUACAGUGCAGUUCUUAGUAUCGCGAGAUUAUAACCCGUUAGUUGUACAAGCGUCCUAGCGUAGCGGAUGGAGUGAGGGAGAUAGAAGAGGACUUCUAUUUUUACAUGUAAAAUUGUUUAGUUUGUGUGUUUUUAAAUGUCCACCAUGUGUUAUCGUCUUUUCUGCCUGGUGGUUUUCGUCAUCGACUACAGCUCCGUGUCCGCCGAACAGCGAAAGCUUAGUCCAGAAAACUUGCUGGUGAUCACUGCGGCAACGGAGGCUACAGAUGGUUUCAACCGUUUCAUGAGAACAGCGAAGGAGUUCAACUACACUGUCAAGGUGCUGGGUCUGGGGGAGGAUUGGAAAGGUGGUGACGUGGCUCGGACGGUGGGUGGAGGUCAGAAGGUCAGAUGGUUAAAAAAGGAGCUGCUCAAACACUCAGAAAAGGAGGACAUGGUCAUCAUGUUUGUGGACAGCUAUGAUGUCAUCUUUGCUUCUGGUCCAGAGGAGCUUCUCUUUAAGUUUUCCCGUCUAGGUCACAGAGUGGUCUUCUCAGCGGAAGGAUUCUGCUGGCCCGACCAGAGACUGGCCCCCAAAUAUCCAGUGGUGCACACUGGGAAACGCUACCUCAACUCUGGAGGUUUCAUUGGCAUGGCUCCAGACCUGAGUGCCAUCGUUCAGCAGUGGAAGUUCAAGGACAAUGACGACGACCAGCUUUUCUACACCAAGAUCUACCUGGACAAGACACAGAGGACAAAGUUUAACAUGACUCUGGAUCAUCGCUCGAGAAUCUUCCAGAAUCUGAACGGAGCUGUUGAUGAAGUGGUCCUGAAGUUUGAGAGGGCAAAGGUCAGAGUGAGGAACGUUGCCUACGACACACUUCCUGUCGUUAUCCACGGGAAUGGGCCCACAAAGCUGCAGCUCAACUAUCUGGGGAACUACGUGCCGACAGCCUGGACCUAUGAGAACGGCUGUGGACACUGUGACGAUGAUCUGCUCUUCUUCAACGACGUAGAGGACGAGGAGAUGCCCCUGGUCUACGUGGCUGUCUUCAUCGAACGUGCCACACCCUUCAUGGAGGAGUUUCUGGAGAGACUGACCACGCUCAAUUACCCCUUGACCAGGAUCCGCCUCUUCAUCCACAACAAUGUGGUGUACCAUGAACGUCACAUCCAGAAGUUCUGGGAGCAUCACAGGUAUCUGUUCCCUGACGCUCUGAUAGUGGGACCAGAGGAAAACCUAAAGGAGGACAAGGCCCGAACCAUGGCUGUAGAGGCGUGUAAGAAGGAUCCAGAGUGUGAUUAUUACUUCAGCAUUGACUCUGACGUGGCUGUCACAAACCCUGACAUCCUGAGGAUUCUGAUGGAGGAGAACAAGUCCGUCAUUGCUCCCACAUUAUCCAAACAUGGAAAACUGUGGAGUAACUUCUGGGGAGCCUUGAACCCUGAAGGGUACUACUCCAGAUCUGAGGACUAUAUUGAGAUUGCCCAGGUAACGAGAAUUGGUGUGUGGAAUGUGCCGUACAUCACUCAGGUCUAUCUGAUCAAAGGCAGCAUCCUUCGGUCCAAACUGUCCCUGGUCCGACUGUUUGAGAGCGAGGGCAUGGAUUCUGACAUGGUUUUCUGCAAGAGCAUCAGAGAUCAGGGCGUCUUCAUGUACGUGUCCAACCGUGAAGAGUUUGGUCGCCUGGUGGCAUCCAAUAACUUCAACACAUCCAGGCUGCACCCAGACAUGUGGCAGAUCUUUGACAACCCUGUGGACUGGAAGGAAAAGUAUAUCAACGAGAACUACUCCAAGAUUUUUGAAGACCAGAAGAGCUUUGUGGAGCAGCCUUGUCCAGAUGUUUACUGGUUCCCAACCUUCUCAGAGAAGAUGUGCGAUCACCUGGUGGAGACCAUGGAGGACAAUGGAGGGUGGUCUGGAGGAACCCACAAGGAUGAACGUCUGGCUGGUGGAUACGAGAACGUUCCAACUGUGGACAUCCACAUGAACCAGAUUGAAUUUGAAAAGGAGUGGUUGAAGUUCCUGAAAGAGUACAUUUCUCCCGUCACCGAGAAACUCUACCCUGGAUAUUACCCAAAGGCACAAGCCAUCAUGAACUUUGUUGUGCGCUAUCGUCCUGAUGAGCAGCCCUCCCUGCGGCCACAUCAUGACUCUUCGACGUUCACCGUCAACAUCGCUCUCAACAAUAAGAACAUCGACUAUGAGGGAGGUGGCUGCAGAUUCCUGCGCUACGACUGCAAGGUGGAGUCCCCCAGAAAAGGCUGGUCCUUCAUGCACCCGGGUCGCCUCACACACUACCAUGAAGGCCUGCCCACCACCAGGGGGACCCGUUAUAUCAUGGUAUCGUUUGUUGACCCCUGAUUCUGUUUUUCUUUUUAAUUUUAAAUUUUUUUUUUAAACAGUGUGUGUUUUUGUGUGGACUGUGCCUCACAACAGAACAAAUGAGGUCAUUCCAGAGCGCCCUCCUCUGGCCUCCCCUCAGAGGUGAACAUUUUGAAUAAUGAUUCUCAUUCUCAUUAUCAUUAGGCGCAGUUUUUUGUGUCACAUCACUUUGCUUUAUCAGGUGUGUUUGCAGUUUGCACAACUCUGACAGAAAAACAGUGUUUUUGACCCAACACCCUUUGCUACAACAAUGUCCAUGGAGGUACUGGCCUUAAAUCACCAGUUAUCUUUCUGGACUUUGUGUAGUUGUCACCAUGUUGCCUUAUUACAGACAAACUUAAAGUAAAUCUAUGCAAUAUUGAAACACUCCAAUAUUUUUAUUCUGCAACAACACUAAGUUCCCGGUAGAGGGUGCUGUCCUCUGAUGUUUAACUGCAGUGCUACAGUGUCAACUUCCACAAUUUCAGUUAAAUAGUUUUAAUUCUCACAAACAAUUAUAUUUUUUAUUGUAAUGUUAGGUGGGAUAAACUUAAGUUUUGUAACUUUUUACUGUUUUAGGAAAACAUCUACCUGUUUAAUUUUAUUUUAUUAUUCACUCAUUUCUACUUUGCAUCUUGUCAAUGUGAAAUCAAGGUGUGUCCUCAAUCUCCAUUCUUAUUUAAAACGAGGUUUGCACCCAGCACCACCUGUAGGUGGCACAUGUGUCAAUGCUAGGAAUUAGCUUUGUACAAUACUGCAUUAAGUUAUUUGUUAAUGUUUGUUUGGAGAUUUUAAUAAAUAAUUUUAGUGUAACA